AUGGAAGUAGAAAACCACACAAUAUUAUCACAGAUUUUCCUCCUGGGUAUUUCAGAGGAUCCAGAACUGCAGUCCGUCCUCUUUGGACUGUUCCUGUCCAUGUACCUGGUCACAGUGCUUGGGAACCUGCUCAUCAUAUUAGCCAUCAGCUCUGACUCCCACCUCCACACCCCCAUGUACUUCUUCCUCUCCAACCUGUCCUGGAUUCACAUCUGCUUCACAUCUACCAUAAUCCCAAAGAUGCUGGUGAACAUUCAUGCACAUAGUAAAAAGAUUUCCUACUUAGAAUGCCUCACUCAAGUAUAUUUUUUCAUGAUUUUUGUUGGAUUGGAUAAUAUGCUACUGACCAUCAUGGCAUAUGACCGGUUUGUGGCCAUCUGCUGCCCCAUGAAAUAUACAGUCAUCAUGAACUCCCAACUCUGUGUCCUCCUGGUUUUGAUGUCUUGGAUCAUCAUGUUCUGGUUCUCCCUGAUUCUUACUCUCCUGGUUAAGCAACUGAACUUCACCACAGGCACUGAAAUCCCUCACUUCUUCUGUGAGGUGGCUCAACUUCUCAAGGUGGCCCGGUCUGAUGCCCUCAUUGGUAUCAUCUUUUUGUAUGUUUCAACUGCCCUGCUGGUGGUAUUUCCUGUUGCUGGGAUCCUCUACUCCUACUCUCAGAUUGUCUCUUCCUUAAUGAAGAUGUCCUCCUCUGUAAGCAAGUAUAAUGCAUUUUUCACCUGUGGGUCCCACCUCUGUGUGGUCUCCUUGUUCUAUGGAACAGGGCUUGGGGUUUACCUCAGUUCUGCUGUGGCCCAUUCUCCACAGAGAAGCACAAUUGCCUCUGUGAUGUACACUGUGGUCACCCCCAUGCUGAACACCUUCAUCUACAGCCUAAGGAACAAAGAUGUGAAAGGGGCCCUUGGGAGACUCCUCAGCAGAACAAUCUCUUGUCUUUGA